GGAAGAACAAGAAGAUUGUAUACCAUCAUAUUUUGGUGGGGUUAAGGUCUGUGGGGUCGGGUCUGGUCAUCCUCACGUCUGGUAGCACAAAAAAUUUUCGGGUCCGGCCCGGUUCAAAUAUGUUUUCAGGAUUGUUAUCCUGCUUGAUAUUCUCUUUGCUUACAUGUUCCCUGCGCUAGUUAUCAUCUCGAAAAGCAACGGAAUAGAGAUAUGGCAAUGUAAAAACGAAGAUAGUUACCAGAUAUUAUAUAUGACGAUUUUUAAAACGUAAAAAGGCUAGUCGAAUAUUUAUAUAACAAAGGUGUUUUGCCUACGGUUAUGUCAUAUUUGUAAAAUACGAUGAGAUAUCAUCACAUUGUGGUACUUGGAAUUUGAUUAGCCAUCAUUAUAAUUAUUCUUCUACAGUCAGUCAUAAUGCCUACACAUAGGAGGAAAAAAGCAGAAAAAUUGAAAAAAACUGUUUCACCUUCAGUUGAACUUAAAAUCAUUGAAUCAGACAGACUUUCUUCUCAUUCUGAUGAAUCCAGUAAUACAGAAACCACAACUACAUCACAGAAAGCUGCAGAGCCCCAAGGAGAGAAUAGAAGUGAAGAUUCAAACAGUGUAGACUUGCCUUCAUGUGGAUUUAAAAAACCAGAACCUGAAGCCCCAUCUCAAGAAACUGAAAAAUAUGAAGAACAAAAAACAGCAGGUUCACCUUAUUUUUUGUUAAGGACACACGAAUCAAAAGUUGUGUCACAGAAAUCACAAACAAGAUCUCCACCGCAUAAGGUUGACGAAUGUGGAGAUUCAGGAGAAAUAGGUUCUCCUUUGUAUCAUUUUCAGAAACCAGGAACCAACGUACCUCAUAAAUCACAAACCACAGGCCCAUCUCAAAAAGCUGAAGAAUGUCUGAAUGUAAGAACAGAUUCGUCUUCAUUUGAAUUCAAAAAACCAAAAACCAGAAAGCAAUCUUUGAAAGCUGGAAAAUGUGGAGAUUCUACAAGAGAAGAUUCUCCUUCACCUGAAGUUAAGAAGCAGUGGAACAAAGCCUCAUUUGAGCAAGAAGAAGAUUAUCGUGAUCUACAAAACAUGGCUACUCUUCAGAAUCAGUUCACAGAUCCACACAUCAAAGAAUGUGGCUCUUCAGUUAAAACUCACAAAACAGGAGUUUCAUUUCAGAAAGAGGAAAAUUCUGAUGAUGCAAGUAAAAGAGAUUCACUUUUAAGAGAGUUUAAGAGACUGAAACAACGCGAUUUGGAGUUGGAUAAUGAAAGAGCAGCUUUAACCGAAGCAAUUGGUAAUGAAACAGGAUUAACAACCAUAAUGCAACAACUUCAUGAAUACAACUUAAUCAAAGAUACAGCCCAACUUAUUAUAGGUAGUUUAUCCAACGUACUGAAUGUUCCUAUAGCACAACUGCAUCAGGAAUUAAACCUCACUUUUCAAAAGUAGCAUUAAUAGAAAAAUAAAUCAGGAAGUACCUACUGUAAUUGUGUAUAAUAUCCAUAAUAUGCUCACAGCAACUUAUAAAAGCAUAAUGCACAAUCCAUACAGCAGAUUCUGACUGUUAAUUUGGAACUUUUUUUCAUAAUUAUUCUUUGUUGUAUUUAAUUAGUAGAACUAAUCUUAAAGUGACAAUUCCAUUAUUUUGAAAUUUAAUUUUUCAAUUUGUAUAUGUGGGAAUUUCUUCUGACCUAGAUAGAAUACAAUUUAAUUUGAAUAUAUGUUUAUUCCAACCCUGAUUCUGUUGACAUAAUGAAGUCUAUUGAAUAUGCAUGUCAAUAUAUUAGGAAGUACAUGAUAUAUUUGCUGCAACUUUCUGUAUUGUCUGAAAUAAAAGUUUUCAUUCUUGACAGUUUCUU